AUGGCGGUUGAGAGCUCACCUGGCCGAGAGAAGCGAGGCAGAAGGAUGGAUAUGGAGGGAGCCAGGGCGGAGGAGGGGGGGAGCUCACCUGGAAGAGGCCUGGAUAUAAUGGGAGAGAGGGAGAGAGGGGGUCUCUGGGCUUGGGUCUUCGGUCCCAGUGGGACGUGGGUCCGUUGGACACAGAGAACCAAGCAGCCUCUCCUCUUCUGUCCUGUCAGAACUGAACUGGGUCCAGACCCCCGAGGCUAAGGAACUGGGCCGCCCUGCUUGCUUCAUCGUUAGGAGAGAGAGAGCAACAUGCCCUGUUCUAUUUAUAAUACCCCUUUUUUCAGGACUUAUAUGCCCCCACAACACACACAUACAGGUGCAGGUGCGUACACGUGCAGGAACAUUUACAUACUUGUACUUACACACACCUACAUAUUUGGGUUGCUACUUAGUUGGAGAUCUUUACCAAGCAGGUAGCAGGUUUGUAUGUUCAAAUCCCUCUCAGCCUGCUAACCUAAGAUAGAGGUCCCAACCAUCCAGAGGAGUCAUGCACCCCAAAAAUUAGAGGGAGCACAAAGUACAUGAAAAUGGCAGGGUUGGAGAAUUUCGAAUUUUUCAAACACCUGAAACAAAUUUUCCUGCAAUCUAGAGCCAUAAUCACUAUGCUUAAUUCUAUGUAAAAAUAUAUGUUUAUUUCUCUGCACAACUAAGUAUACCUCUUGAACCGUCUGUAUCCUCCUGACAGGUGAUUAUUUUUUUAAAGAAACUAAAUGUGCUUCUCUGCAACUCUGCUAAAAUCUGGCUAAAAGAUUGAAAGGAAUGUGAGUCUUAUUCAGUACAUUUAGAAAUUGCUUGCUUUUCUAAAGUUUAGCAACCUUGCCAGCAGGCAUACCAGCUAAGAUAGAUAGACAAGCUAGCUGCUCUAACUUGAUUGAUAGCCUGAAAUGGCUUUUUGGUAGCUAGUUAUGAGGUUGGGAGAUUGGGAACCUGCCUGGGCUAGCUAAAGCCAACUUCAUAAAAUUACUAGGUGGCUAGUAGUAUUACAGAGAAAUAACAAUAACAAAAAUUAACUCUUUUUUAUUUCUAAAUUUAAAAAAAGGAGACAGCUAAAGGGGGCACGAUGGGCAUGAUGCCUCUUCAACCAUUCAUCAUCCAGUGACACACCAAGGCAGUGAUGCAGACUGGAGAGGUUGGACAUGGAGGUAGGAUAGGAAGGGUAAUCCUUUUGGAACAGACGAUCAUUUUGACAUUGUGGGAGAGAGAGAGGGAGAAAACAAAAGAGAGAAAGAACGAGAGAGAGAGAGAGAAAGAAAAUGAGAGGGGGAAAAAGAGAGAGAGACCAAGGUAACCCAGUCAUCCUUGUCCCCAUCGCCAGGGGAAAUCUCUCUAACUACAAGGUUAAUUAAGCACUAAAAUGAGAUCAAGAAGCUUUGUUUUCCAACUCAUUAACCAAUUACAACGGCCCCGCUCUCUCUCUCCAAAUAGAUCAACAUUCAUAUUGGAUAGCCUGUAAUUGGUUGUCAUUGUGAAUAAUGUCGGCCAACUGGCAGGAUGUCGGGAAGGUUUGAGGUAAAAAAUGGUCUCCGGUGAGUAUAAUAUGUAAACAGUAGAGCAGAAUUUAUAAUGUUUUUUCAUUUUUACUGCUACUACUUUGGAUUGGGAUAGCAGUUGAAACAUAGUAUCUUUACUGCUACCAACCAAAUCUUUGUGACCACACAGCACCUUCCCUCUGGGGCUUGAAUCAAACAUUUGUGAGUCCAAAAGUCUUGAGAGACUUACACAAUCCAGACAGAGAGUCUCGCCACCUGAGGCCAGAUAAACAGAUAAACAGCUAGGUGUACCAAACAGCAUGUGCCACACACAAUAAAAUCACUCUCCAUUUGACUGUUCUCCAGUUACAGAAUAGUCUCAGCACAAUCUUAGCAUGUGCCAACCUAUUAAACACGUAACUGCCAGGUUUCUCAAUAUGAGCACAGUGGCAAUCUUGCUCCACUAGAGCACAGCUCCAAUCUUCUCUCCUGUAGAGGUCUUAAUGGCUGCCAGCAUGUUUGAGCAGUGGGUUAGCCUCAUACAGACGUUUGGCAGGGACAGUGAGGGGUGGUGAGAGCCAACCAGGGACGCAUUAGCCCCGUGAUUUGUGAGCGUUUCAGUAGAACACUGACCUGGGAUCAGGAGUUCCAUCACGGCUUCAGGCGUUUUACACAGCACACACACGCACACACAAACACACACACAUACAAACACAAACACACGCUCAUUGGGCCACACUCAUACCAUACACAAACACAUGCACAAUCACUGAUCACACGCACGCAUGUUUGACGCACACAAGCGCACACACUUAUCACUGAUAGGGGUCACUGGAUAACCAUGUUAUACGGGCGAUGAAUAGAUGGGUUAGCUGAUAAUGUCACAAAAAAAAUGCACACGCUUCAAUGGGGCAGAAGUCUGUGAGUUGUUGUGAUUCUGGAUGGCCAGAUGACUAAAAACAAUGACAAGAAACUGCCAUGUGGGGAAUCGUAAGUGGCCUCUGAUACCAUGUCUUGUUUUGAGGUGUUUUGACAGAUUUUAGACAAAAUGUUGUUUACAUGUUGUCAACAUUCUAAGCCAACCCUGUCUGUUUUGCCUCAUAGUUGAGCAUGUGUUGGUUUUGUUGCUAAACAAUCAACCCUUCUAUAGAUAAUCCUACAGCCUAUAUCCUCCAUGUAAUCUUCAGACAUAUUGAUUUAAUUUGGAAUUCAUUAAACUGGCUGAGGUUAUUUGACUGCUCUUUUCCGGAGUAUGUCUUUGCUCAGGCGGUUGUGAAAGGAAGCAGCACAUCUGAAUUGAUUCAUCCACAGUAAAUCAAUUUAAACAAAAAAUCUGAGAUGUUUAGCAGAAUGUGGAGAUGGUGGACUAAAUAUACUCCGGUUCAGUACUCUGUAAGUAACGAACUAGAUAAAAUACAGAUAUUUUGUAUUUUCAAUACAUUUCAAACUAAUAAACACAUUUGCAAGUACACGCCUUCACAACUACACCAUUCUCAGUAACGGAAACAAAAAAAAAAAAACGUUUAGCUUGCUAUGACUGUGAUAUGUGGUUGUAUAUCUACCUUAAAUGACUGCUUUGGAUAAGAGUGCCUGCUAAAUGACCAACAUUUAAAUGUAAAUAAAAAAAUUAACCAUUACAAAGUACACUUGUUUCUGGGGCAGUGUUCAUUAGAAUAAUACCCAGCAUGCUUUACAAGUGUUCAUUUUUAUAUUUAGGGGUUCAAAGCGAAGCUGUGAAACCUAGUGUUGUUCUCUGAAUUCACAUUAUUUCAAAUAACGCAAGUAUAGAUUGGUAACUUUUUUAUAAUUUGGCACACAAGUAACUUGGUCAAAAAGAAUGGCACCCAUUGGCAUAUAGGUGGCGCUGAUAUAAGAAGUCUCACUUAAACCCUCAUAUCCGUUGCCCCGUUUGACUUUGUAUGUAGGUGUCUUUGCUAAUGCUGAACGAAUUUGCCUCAAGGGCCCAUAAGGUCCGUCUGGAUAGAUUCCCUGCAACUUGGACAUUUUGGAAAACAGCUGGAAAAUGUUGGUAUGUACGCCCAUGGUACAUCUCUUUACUUAGUUUGAGAAAAGCUAAGGGAUUGGUUAAGAGAUCGUAAUCAGGAAAUCGGAUUUUGCAAAUCCACUCCACAAUGGCCUAUCAACUUGAAACUUUUUAGGUUAAAGAAAGACAUCACGUUAAGUUUGGCAUUGAUAUCUUAAAACUUCUUAGAUGUAAAGUCCCCUGUUUGGAGACCUGCAUGGUUUUGGUACUGUUUCCGACCGUCAUUUUCACUUAUAAAUCGAUCAUAUAUCGAAAUUGCUUGCAUUGAGCAGUAGCCCUGAAUUUCACAGACACAGAAGUUUGUAUCUUUUGCCUGUGUGAAGCAGGAUGUGAAAUCUGACACCAUUUGAAGCUGGGAUGUCCCUCCUACCAUUUCAUUCGCUCUUCCAACUGUCCAUCAACUCCUAGCUGAACUCUACAUCACAGCCACUAACAACAUAUGCCUGGAAUCCUUACAUCGUAGCGCAGCAGGAGAGAGUGGUUUUUUCACAUUUUCUCUAACACUAAAAAUCCCAAAAUUUAUUUUACAGUUAUAAGGAAGGUUAAAUCGUAUAGUUAGUUGUUUUAUAAUUUGAUUAUACUAUAUUUAGAAAACAUAUUCAGUUUUGUUGAAUAGGAACUACAUAAUAUAAAAUAUUUCAAAUUUUAAUAUUUUUAAUCAUAUUUGUACUGUGUACUUGAGCUCGUGUUCUCAAAAGUGACUACACCUCAGCAAUUUAUAACAAUUUUUACCAGAAAGGUUAGAUUUUAACCUUUCUUGGAGUAUGCAGCAUUACUAGUUAUUGUUUAUGAUAAAUAAUUACUUUUGGGGAAUAUGUAGAUUACAUUUUCGAUUACAUUUAGUUACUGGUUAAGAAAUAAGGAAACUAUUAACAAUUCACUUUUUUUUACUACAGUGAGGGAAACAAGUAUUUGAUCCCCUGCCGAUUUUGUACGUUUGCCCACUGACAAAGAAAUGAUCAGUCUAUAAUUUUAAUGGUAGGUUUAUUUGAACAGUGAGAGACAGAAUAACAACAAAAAAAUCUAGAAAAACGCAUGUAAAAUUUUUUAUAAAUUGAUUUGCAUUUUAAAGAGGGAAAUAAGUAUUUCACCCCCUCUCUAUCUGAAAGAUUUCUGGCUCCAAGGUGUCUUUUAUACAGGUAAUGAGCUGAGAUUAGGAGCACACUCUUAAGCGGAGUGCUACUAAUCUCAGCUUGUUACCUGUAUAAAAGACACCUGUCCACAGAAGCAAUCAAUCAAUCAGAUUCCAAACUCUCCACUAUGGCCAAGACCAAAGAGCUCUCCAAGGAUGUCAGGGACAAGAUUGUAGACCUACACAAGGCUGGAAUGGGCUACAAGACCAUCGCCAAGCAGCUUGGUGAGAAGGUGACAACAGUUGGUGCGACUGUCAGUCUCCCACGCCCUGGGGCUCCAUGCAAGAUCUCACCUCGUGGAGUUGCAUUGAUCAUGAGAACGGUGAGGAAUCAGCCCAGAACUACACGGGAGGAUCUUGUCAAUGAUCUCAAGGCAGCUGGGACCAUAGUCACCAAGAAAACAAUUGGUAACACACUACGCCGUGAAGGACUGAAAUCCUGCAGCGCCCGCAAGGUCCCCCUGCUCAAGAAAGCACAUAUACAGGGCCGUCUGAAGUUUGCCAAUGAACAUCUGAAUGAUUCAGAGGAGAACUGGGUGAAAGUGUUGUGGUCAGAUGAGACCAAGAUCGAGCUCUUUGGCAUCAACUCAACUCUCCGUGUUUGGAGGAGGAGGAAUGCUGCCUAUGACCCCAAGAACACCAUCCCCACCGUCAAACAUGGAGGUGGAAAUAUUAUGCUUUGGGGGUAUUUUUCUGCUAAGGGGACAGGACAACUUCACUGCAUCAAAGGGACGAUGGACGGGGCCAUGUACUGUCAAAUCUUGCGUGAGAACCUCCUUUCCUCAGCCUGGGCAUUGAAAAUGGGUUGUGGAUGGGUAUUCCAGCAUGACAAUGACCCAAAACACAAGGCCAAGGCAACAAAGGAGUGGCUCAAGAAGAAGCACAUUAAGGUGCUGGAGUGGCCUAGCCAGUCUCCAGACCUUAAUCCCAUAGAAGAUCUGUGGAGGGAUCUGAAGGUUCGAGUUCCCAAACGUCAGCCUUGAAACCUUAAUGUCUUGGAGAAGAUCUGCAAACCUGGUGGCCAACUACAAUAAACAUCUGACCUCUGUGAUUGCCAACAAGGGUUUUGCCACCAAGUACUAAGUCAUGUUUUGCAGAGGGGUCAAAUACUUAUUUCCCUCAUUAAAAUGCAUAUCAAUUUAUAACAUUUCCAUUAUUGAGCAGACACUCUUAUCCAGAGCGACUAACAUAUAGUGAGUCCAUACAUUAUUUAUUUAUUGUUUACAUUCUGGUCCCCCAUGGGAACCGAACCCACAACCCUGGCGUUGCAAACGCCAUGCUCUAACAACUGAGCUACCUCCCCUACCCUGGACCAAUUGUGCCCCACCCCAUGGGUCUCCCUGUCACGGCAGGCUACAACAGCGCCUGGAUUCGAACCAGGAUCUCUAGUGGCACAGAUAGCACUGCAAUGCAGUGCCUUAGACCACUGCGCCACUCGGGAGGACAUGUGUAUUUCUGGAUUUUUGUGUUGUUAUUCUGUCUCUCACUGUUCAAAUAAACCUACCAUUAAAAUUCUAGACUGAUCAUGUCUUUGUCAGUGGGCAAAUGUACAAAAUAAACAGGGGAUCAAAUACUUUUUUUCCUCACUGUAUGUAAUGCUAAUGCUUAAAAUAAUCAUAAAACAUAUUCUCAUGGACUAAAAGUCAGAUUCACUCAAAAUGUGGUCUUUGGACUCAUCACAAUAGUCCCUAAAGAGUUUGAGAAAAUCACUUUUAUCCAUUCAAAGAUGGCCACAUUAUACCAGUAGAUGGAUAUUAGCACAGGUAUUACCCUAUAUGUACAGAAGUAUGUGCACAACCCUUCAAAUUAGUGGAUUCGGCUAUUUCAGUCACACCCGUUGCUGACAGGUGAUUAAAAUCGAGCACACAGCCAUGCAAUCUCCAUAGAUAAAACACUGGCAGUAGAAUGGGCUUACUUAAGAGCGCAGUGACUUUCAACGUGGCACCGUCGUAGGAUGCCACCUUUCCAACAAGUCAGUUCGUGAAAUUUCUGCCCUGCUAGAGCUGCCCUGGUCAACUGUAAGUGCUGUUAUUGUGAAGUGGAAACGUCUAGGUGCAACAACGGCUCAGCCGUGAAGUGGUAGGCCACACAAGCUCACAGAACGGGAACGCUGAGUGCUGAAGCCCACAGCGCGUAAAAAUCGUCUGUCCUCAUUUGCAACACUCACUAACGAGUUCCAAACUGCCUCUGGAAAAAAUAUCAACACAGCUUCAUGAAAUUGAUUUCUAUUGGGAGCUUCAUGAAAUUGAUUUCUAUGGCCGAGCAGCCGCACACAAGCCUAAGAUCACCAUGGAGUGGUGUUAAGCUCGCUGUCAUUGGACUGUGGAGCAGUGGAAAUGCGUUUUCUGGAGUAGUUAAUCACGCUGGGUUUGGCGGAUGCCAGGAAGACGCUACCUGCCCCAAUGCAUAGUGCCAACUGUAAAGUUUGGUGGAUGAGGAAUAAUGGUCUGGGGCUGUUUUUCAUGUUUCGGGCUAUGCCCCUUACUUCCAGUGAAGGGAAAUCCUAACACUACAGCAUACAAUGACAAUCUAGAGGAUUCUGUGCUUUCAAGUUUGGGGAAGGCCCUUUCUUGUUUCAGCAUGACAAUGCCCCCGUGCACAAAGAGAGGUACAUGGUUUGUCGAGAUCGGUGUGGAAGAACAUGACUGGCCUGCACAGAGCCCUGACCUCAACUCCAUCGAUCACCUUUGGGAUGAAUUGGAACGCCGACUGCUAGCUAGGCCUAAUCGCCCAACAUCAGUGCCCGAUCUCACUAAUGCUCUUGUGGUUGAAUGGAAGCAAGUCCCCACAGCAAUUUUCCAACAUCUAGUGGAAAGCCUUUCCAGAAGAGUGGUGGCUGUUAUAACAGCGAAGGGGGGACCAACAAUAUAUUAAUGCCAAUGAUUUUGGAAUGAGAUGUUCGAUGAGCAGAUGUCCACAUACUUUUGGUAAUGGAGUGUAAGUUAAUAUGCCAAUAAAAAUAAUUCAUGAACCAUAGGACCAAAUAACACGAAAUAAGAAUGUAGGCCCAUGAUACAUGUCUUAAAUUAGUUUGAGAAAGCUAAGGGAUUGGUCAAAUGAGGGCUGAGUUAUUGACAAAUCAACAAUCGGAUUUUACGUGUCCAUUUAAACCACUGUAAAUCCACUCCAUGUAAUGAAUACUCGGAUCAGGUGAACCAGAUCGAGUCUGAUGACUCGGGGAAGAUCGGGGAAGUGUCAGACUCUGUCUAGAUCCAGCCAAACCCCGAUCCCUUAUAGUAUCCCCCUCCCCAGGGCCGGCUCCUGACGGCCUUCUACCUCUACCUGGAGGUCUUCCUCUGGGUCGGGGUCCUGAAUGAUCUGGGUGUUCAGCGUGGAAAGUGGCCUUGAGAGCGGGAUCCAGUAUGUCCUUCGCAGGGAUCCAGGACCGUUCCUCAGGUCCAUAUCCCUCCCAGUCCACGAGAUAUUCGAUGCCCCCUCGUCUCCGUCUUCACUCCAGUAUCUCGUGGACUGUAUAGGUGGUGUCCUGUUCAUCCUCCAGAGGUGGUGUAGUAGGUUGUUGAGCGAUUGGGGGGUACAUCGGGCUAUAGUGGACAGGUUUCAACAGCGAGACGUGGAACGUAGGGGUUAUCCUGUAGUGUCGAGGAAGUAACAGACGGUAGGUGACAGGGUUAAUACGUCUCAGUAUCUUGAAAGGCCCGAUGUACCUGGGUUGGAGCUUCUUACAGCUCCGUCGGAACCGCAGGUCCCGGGUAGACAGCCACACUUGUUGCCCGGGUUGAUAAGUGGGAGUAGGUCUCCGGCGUCGGUCGGCGUAGGUCUUUUGCUGUUGUGAGGCCUGACUGAGAUGUUGAUGGGCCGUCUCCCAGACCUGCGCACUCCGACGGAACCACUCGUCGACAGCCGGUACCAUCCCUGGUGCAGUAUCCCACGGGAACAGAGGUGGUUGAUACCCUAGAACACACUGGAAGGGCGUUAGACGUAGGGAGGUGUGAAUGAGGGAGUUCUGAGCAUACUCUACCCAAGGAAGAAAUCGGCUCCACUCCUGCGGCUGCCGCGAACAUUGUUGCCGUAGAUAUUUCCCAAUUUCUUGAUUGAGCCGUUCUGUCUGCCCAUUGGCCUGGGGAUGAUAUCCGGAGGUUAGGCUCACCGAGAUGCCCAAGCGUUCGCAGAAGGCCUUCCAUACCCGGGAAACAAACUGGGGUCCCCGGUCGGACACAAUAUCCUCCGGAAAACCAAACUACCGGAACACCUGGUUAAACAUUGUCUCAGCCAUCUGAGUGGCGUUAGGCAAACGGGUCAUGGGUACUAACCGGCACAUCUUGGAGAAUCGAUCGAUGACCACGAGAAUUACAGUAUGGCCCUCUGAUUCUGGGAGAUCUGUAACAAAGUCCAUAGCAAUGUGCGACCAGGGUCGUUGAGGAGUUGGCAAUGGCAUCAGCUUACCCUCCGGUAGUGCACGAGGCGCCUUGGAUUGCGCGCAUACUGGGCAGGAUAAGACAUAGUCUCGGACGGGAUCUGUAAGGGAAUCCCACCAGUAUUUUCGGCUGAUGAGUCGUGUAGUUCGAGUAAUUCCGGGAUGACCAGAUCCCAGCGACGUGUGGCACCAUUCCAACAGUUGUGGUCGAAGCGGAGCUGGUACAAACACCUUAGACACCGGGGUUUCUGGAGGGGCUGGUUCCGCUUGGAGGCUCUCCUGAAUGGUGUCAUCAAUAGCCCACCUCACAGGACCAGCACGGCAACUCAUGGGGAGGAUAGGUUCUGGUUCCACGGGUCUUUCUGCGCGCUCGAACCGUCGGGAAAGCGCGUCCGCCUUUCCAUUCUUGGACCCGGGGAUAUAAGAGACAGUGAAUCGGAAACGGUUGAAGAAUAAAGACCACCUAGCCUGUCGGGAGUUCAGUCGUUUAGCACUGUGAAGAUACUCCAGGUUGCGGUGGUCCGUGAGCACUUGGAACGGAUGCUCUGCUCCCUCCAGCCAAUGUCUCCACUCCUCCAGUGCUAACUUCACCGCCAGUAAUUCACGAUUAUCCACGCCGUAGUUCUGCUCGGCCAAAUUCAGUUUCCUUGAAAAGAAAGCACAGGGUCGUGAUUUAGGCGGCUCACCUUGGCGCUGGGAUAACACGGCUCCAACUCCAACCUCCGAGGCGUCCACCUCCACGAUAAACGGCAAGGUAGGGUCCGGCUGACAUAAAAUAGGAGCGGUGGUAAAGCGUUGUUUCAACGUCUCAAAGGCACGCACUGCCUCCUCCGUCCAGUUCAGACCGCGACCCUUGUAGCUGGUCAUCGCCGACAGGGGAGCUGCGGUUGUGCUGAAAUUACGCACGAACCGUCUAUAGUAAUUGGCAAACCCUAAGAAUCUCUGGAGCUCUUUCACCGUCUGGGGUUGAGGCCAGUCUCGUACCGCUUGCACCUUGGAUUCAUCCAGUUUAACCCCGUCGGGAGUGAGUAUGGCCCCAAGGAAGGAAAUCGUAGUGACAUGGAAUUCACUCUUUUCUGCCUUCACGAACAGGGAAUGUUGUAGGAGUCGGUCCAGAACCUGUCGUACAUGGGACACAUGUUCACUCAGAGAGUUUGAAUAGAUUAGGAUGUCAUCAAUGUACACUGACAAAGCUAUCAAUCAAGUCCCUGAAAAUGUCAUUCAUGAACGCCUGGAAGACUGAGGGCGCGUUGGUAAGUCCAUAGGGCAUGACACAAUAUUCAUAGUGUCCUCGAUGGGUGAUGAAGGCGGUCUUCCAUUCAUCCCCUUCUCUAAUGCGCACCAGAUUGUACGCACUCCUGAGGUCCAGUUUACUGUAGAUUGAGGCCUGCCCCACCUGCUCGAGGGCUGCUGGAAUCAAAGGCAGGGGGUAACGAUUUUUGAUGGUAAUAUCGUUCAAACCUUGAUAGUCUAUACAAGGACGCAGUCCGCCAUCCUUUUUCUUAACGAAGAAAAAACUGGAUGCGGCGGGAGACGUAGAUUGGCGAAUGGCCCCUUGCUGUAGCGCCUCAUCAAUAUACUUGCUCAUCGAUUCUCGUUCCGGCUGUGACAAAGGGUAGAUUCUUCCACGAGGAGGUGUAGCCCCGGAUAGCAGAUCAAUCGCGCAGUCCCAGGCCCGAUGAGGUGGUAACACGGUAGCCCUCUCCUUGGAGAACACCUGCGCGUAAUCCUGGUAUUCUGUUGGAACAACAGUAGACACCGCACCCUGCGCAUCCUCCACAGUAGACGUUUUGCACGGUAAAUUGAGGCACUCUGCCCUACAUACCUCACUCCAAGCAGUGAUAUCGCCAGAUUUCCAGGAGAUGACCGGAUCAUGGGUGACGAGCCAGGGGUGGCCGAGAACUAGCGGCUCCCGUGGAGCGGAGAUGACGAACAGAAUGAUGUUCUCAUGGUGUAUGGCGCCCACUUGUAACUUUAUUACCUCAGUACGGUGCGUAAUGAACCCAGUGCCCAUGGGCUCACCGUCUAGCGCGUUGACUCGCAGGGGAGGUUGAAUUGGGAUAAGUUGAACUCCCAAUUCCUCAGCGAGACCCAUAUCCAUAAAACUGGCAGCCGCUCCGGAAUCAAUAAGACCUUCCAACCUGCGCACUUUCUCUCCGACAGAUAAGGUAACUGGCACAUACAUUUGUUUAGAUGUAAUGUUGAAAACUUGAGUCUCACUCACCGGUUUGGCAUUUCCGAGGCGAUAUUCUGGGGUACGGUUUGGUCGUACCGGACAUUGACGAAUGAAAUGACCCGACUGACCACAAUACAGGCAUAGUCCAUCUUGCCGACGUUGUUGUCUCACCGAACUUUGUAAGGGCGACCGUCCCAGUUGCAUGGGUUCCUCCUCAGAUUCUCUCCUCCGCUCUGUCGAUUGCUUAGGACCUGUGACCGAGGGCUCCCGGACUGCGGAUACCCUGUGUUGCACUAUCAACUUAUCAAUAGAGAUGGCUAUGUUGAUAAAUUCAUGUAGCGCAGUGAUAUCUCCCCGACAGGCCAACUCAGUCUGUACUUCUUUGCGCAGCCCUCUUCGGAAAACGGUGAGCAAAGCAGUCUCGCUCCAGCCGCUACCAGCUGCUAUAGUCCGAAACGCUAAGGCGUAAUCGGCUACUGUGCGACGGCCCUGCUGAAGUUCGCAUAGUUGGUCUCCCACGCUACGCCCAGAUACUGGGUUGUCGAACACCUCUCGGAACAGUCUCUUAAACUGAACUUCCACAUUCAACUCGGGGACCUCAGCUGCCCAUAGCGCAGUAGCCCAAUCCAGUGCUCUUCCCGUUAGCAGAGAAAUCAUGAAAUCCACCCUGCUACGGUCAUCGGAAAACAUAGUACGAUUGUAGGACAUAUACAGGGACGUCUGAAGUAGAAACCCCUGACAUUUGCCAGGUUCCCCAUCGUACUUAGUCGGUAGAGAAAUCGGAGGUGCAUGACGAGGACAGACUGUGCUCGGGGUGGUGCCUUCAGCCGCACCAGCGUUGAGUAGUUGCAGGAGUUCAUCCAUCCGUUUCUCCUGUAUCUCCCAUCGCCUCUGUAAUUCCGCUGGAUCCAUGGUUGUGACGAGGUAUUCUGUAAUGAAUACUCGGACAGAGUGGUAAGAUCCAAUCGCAGAAUUGCGAUGCUUUAUUAGAGUACAGACAAGGGAAUAGCUUAAUCGUGGUCUGGCGAGCUGUGGUCAAAACCGGGCAAGGCAGAGACAGGCAGAGGUACCAAGGGAGCGGGCGUAGUCGUAGUCGAGGGCACAGGCACAGGUUCAGAAUACGGUAAUCACUGGGAUAGACAAGCAGAAGAUUAAGCAAUUCGGGAAGUCAAACAACGAAGCACAGGUCUGGUACACUGGUAAUCAAAAACAAACUCUCUCUCUCUCUAUCUCUGAACAAAAACGCUUAGCAAGUCACAAAGGAACAAUACCUCGCACCGACUGAACUUCUGAGCACACCUUAUAUCCUACUCUAAUUACUGACAGGUGUGCUCAGAACUCAGGUGAACCAGAUCGAGUCUGAUGACUCCCUCUCUCAGUAGAUCGGGGAAGUGUCAGACUCUGUCUAGAUCCAGCCAAACCCCGAUCCCUUAUACUCCACAGUUGUCUAUCAACUUCAAACUUGUCAUCGUUAUCAUUGGAGUCCCUAAGAUGAAUUUGGUAUUGAUAUCUCAAACAAUAAGGAAACUAUUAAUGCUCAAAAUCAUCUGCAAUCAUCUUCUCCUCAUGAACCAUAUGUCUGAUUCACUCCAGAUUUUCUAUGUGGACCCAAUUACAUCAGCAUUUAAUGUUUUUGAGAAAAGAUAGUUGUUGCAUUCAAAUACGGCCACACUGUACCUAUAGAUUCAAGUUAGUGCAUAUUCUAAUGCUAAAAAUACUAAAACAAUAUUCUUCUCAUGGAGCAUAAAUCAGAUUGACUCCAGAUCUGGUAUAUAGACUCAAUUAAUGAUCAUCUAAUGAGUUUGAGAAUGAUUAGUUGCUGCAUUCAAAGUCGGCCACACUACACUACUACAGUGCCUUCAGAAAGUAUUCAUACCGCUCGACUUAUUCCACAUUUUGUUGUGUUACAGCCUGAAUUCAAAAUGCCCCAUAAUGACAAAGUGAAAACAUGUGUUUGAAAUGUGUGGAAAUGUAUUUAAAAUUAAAUACAUUAAUAUUUCAUAUACGUAAGUAUCCACACCCCUUAGUCAAUAAAUGUUGGAAUAACAUUUGGCAGUGAUUACAGCUGUGAGUCUUUCUGGGCCAUGUCUCUAAUAGCUUUGCAUAUCUGGGUUGUACAAUAUUUGUACAUUAUUAUUUUUAAAAGUCAAGAUCGUAAUUGGAUAUGAUGAAAUUGGGGAGAAAAAAGGGGGUAAAAUAAUACAAUAAAAUAAAUAUUCAAGCUCUGUCAAGUUGGUUGUUGAUAAUUGCUAGACAGCCAUUUUCAAGUCCAUAGAUUUUCAAGACGAUUUAAGUCAAAACUGUAACAAGGCCACUCAGGAACAUUCAAUUUCAUCUUGGUAAGCAACUCCAGUGUACGUUUGGCUUUGUAAUUUAGGUUAUUGUCCUGCUGAAAGGUGACUUUGACUCCCAGUGUCUGAUGGAAAGAAGACUGAACCAGAUUUUCCUCUAGGAUUUUUGCCUGUGUGAGAGUGGGAUUUGAAGGAGUCAGGCGCAGGAGGGUAAAUCACAGAAUACAGAGUUUAUUCCGUAGUACAGUUGUGGUCAAAAGUUUUGAGAAUGACACAAGUAUUGGUCUUCACAAAGUUCGCUGCUUCAGUGUUAUGAGAUAUUUUUGUCAGAUGUUACUAUGGUAUACUGAAGUAUAAUUACAAGCAUUCCAUAAGUGUCAAAGGCUUUUAUUGACAUUUACAUUUAGUUUAUGCAAAGAGUCAAUAUUUGCAGUGUUGACCCUUCUUUUUCAAGACCUCUGCAAUCCGCCCUGGCAUGCUGCCAAUUAACUUCUGAUUGAUGGCAGCCCAUUCUUGCAUAAUCAAUGCUUGGAGGUUGUCAGAAUUUGUGGGUUUUUGUUUGUCCACCUGCCUCUUGAGGAUCGACCACAAGUUCUCAAUGGGAUUAAGGUCUGGGGAGUUUCCUGGCCAUGGACCCAAAAUGUCGAUGUUUUGUUCCCUGAGCCACUUAGUUAUCACUUUUGCCUUAUGGUAAGGUGCUCCAUCAUGCUGGAAAAGGCAUUGGUCGUCACCAAGCUGUUCUUAGAUGGUUGGGAGAAGUUGCUCUCGGAUGAUGUGUUGGUACCAUUCUUUAUUCUUGGCUGUGUUCUUAGGAAAAUUUGUGAGUGAGCCCACUCCCUUGGCUGAGAAGCAACCCCACAAAUGAAUGGUCUCAGGAUGCUUUACUGUUGGCAUGACACAGGACUGAUGGUAGCGCUCACCUUGUCUUCUCCGGACAAGGUAUUUUACGGAUGCCAUAAUCAAUCGGAAAGGGGAUUCAUCAGAGAAAAUGACUUUACCCCAGUCCUCAGCAGUCCAAUCCCUGUACCUUUUGCAGAAUAUCAGUCUGUCCCUGAUGUUUUUCCAGGAGAGAAGUGGCUUCUUUGCUGCCCUUCUUGACACCAGGCUAUCCUCCAAAACUAUUCGCCUCACUGUGCGUGCAGAUGCACUCACACCUACCUGCUGCCAUUCCUGAGCAAGCUCUGCACUGGUGGUGCCCCGAUCCCGCAGCUGAAUCCAUUUUAGGAGAUGGUCCUGGCGCUUGCUGGACUUUCUUGGUCGCCCUGACAUAUUCUUCACAACAAUUCAACCUCUCUCCUUGAAGUUCUUGAUGAUCCGAUAAAUGGUUGAUUUAGGUGCAAUCUUACCAGCAGCAAUAUCCUUGCCUGUGAAGCCCUUUUUGGGCAAAGCAAUGAUGACGGCACGUGUUUCCUUGCAGGUAACCAUGGUUAACAGAGGAAGAACAAUGAUUUCAAGCACCACCCUCCUUUUAAAGCUUCCAGUCUGUUAUUCUAACUCAAUCAGCAUGACAGAGUGAUCUCCAGCCUUGUCCUCGUCAACACUCUCACCUGUGUUAACGAGAGAAUCACUGACAUGAUGGCAGCUGGUCCUUUUGUGGCAGGGCUGAAAUGCAGUGGAAUGUUUAUGAGGGAUUGAGUUCAUUUUCAUGGCAAGAGGGACUUUGCAAUUAAUUGCAAUUCAUCUGAUCACUCUUCAUGACAUUCUGGAGUAUAUGCAAAUUUACAUCAUCAAAACUGAGGCAGCAGACUUUGUGAAAAUUAGUAUUUGUGUCAUUAUCAAAACUUUUGACCACGACUGUACUUUUAUCCAAUAUAAAAAACACAAUUUCAAAUUUUGCUACAUAAGACCGAAUCGAGCCUGUCAGUCACAUAUGUACACCAGAUGUCGUCAUAGGGUGUAUCAUUCAGAAAGCGAAGCCCAGACGUGCCUUCCUCCUGGGAAAUUAUAUAUGAAACACAUCUCACUGUCAUAGAAAUGCCUCAGACAUGAUGAAAACAAGCCCAUAUUUCCCCAGGUUGAAAUUCCCCUUAAAACAGUGUUGCAAUGAAGAAGAGUCGUGCUGAUUGAAUAUGAAUGGCAAAGAUGGCACGAGACAAAACAAAAACAACGAGCCGGAAUAGUUGAAAUAAUGUGAUUCACCUAGUGUGUGACAUGCUAUCAGAGUUGAGGCCCAUUACAGAGUUACCAAUUAUCCGUAAUGGAUGGGAAGGAUUCAUAGUAAAACUUGUCCUCAGAGGGCCAAUUGUCUAACACAUAAUACGAUCUUGAGAUCAGGUACUGUUGCAACCCUUUACAAAAAAUUAUUUGUUGCUGUUCGUGGCAAAUUUGCUGAAAACUAAAUAGUGUGCCACAAAAUGUUGCCAGAUGUUUGUAAAUGUUUGCCACUAGUGGUGAAUCUGCAGCAAACCUUUGGCAACAAUAAUGUUUAUUGCCACUUCUGGUAAACAGUUUGCAAUAUUUUUAUUUUUUUUCUGGCAGACUAUUCUCUAAAUAUUCUAUUUGAAUGUGUGGCAAACCUGUGGAGUAACAUGUAUUGCCACCAGUGGCAAACAGUUUACCAGAAUCUGUUUCUGGUGAAAACUAUAAAUUCCAAGACCAGUAACCAUUGAUGACCAAUAAAGGGAUUAGAAACAUCUGUUGGAAAAUGGAAACCAAUCUAUCUAGCUAGCUACCAAAGUUGUCCGGUGAGUGUCUAACUUAUUAAUUAAACUUCCUAAUAAACUGUAACAUUUUAUUAGCUAAAGGAUGCCUAGUUAGCAAUGUCAUUGUCACGAUCGUCGUUAAGAGAGGAGGACCAAGGCGCAGCGUGAUGAAUGAACAUGUUUAUUUAUCAUUAGCGAUAAACACGGACAGUAAACAAAAAACGACUCGUAACGUCCAAGGUAACAUAGACCAACACGGAACAAGAACCCACAAACACAAAGGGAAAAACAGACAGUUUAAAUAUGGCUCCCAAUCAGAGACAACCAGCCACAGCUGACACUCGUUGCCUCUGAUUGGGAGUCACUCAGGCCAACAUAGAAAUAAACAAACUAGAACUCCCUACAUAGAAAUACACCACAUAGAAAGAACACACCCUGGCUCAACAUAUAGAGUCCCAGAGCCAGGGUGUUACGGUACCCCCCCCUAAAGGUGACCGCGCCUCAACUAGAGCAAAACAGGGGAGGGCUGGGUGGGCAUUCCUCCUCGGCGGCGGUUCUGGCUCCGGCCUUGCCCACCACCCUCCAAUAAACCCCCCAUAGCGCCCCUGGUCCGGUCUGGCCCCGCUGGCUGGAGCUGAACUGGACGUAGCAGGAGCGGUUAGCUUCAGCUCCGUAGUGGAGCAGUUGACCGGUACCUUACCAGGCACCGGUGACCCAGGCACGGGUUGUGCUGGACUGACGACGCGCACCCCUGGCUUGGUGCGUGGAGCCGGAACGGGCCGGACCGGGCUGACGACUCGCACCCCUGGCUUGGUGCGUGGAGUAGGCACGGGCCGAACCGGGCUGACGACUCGCACCCCUGGCUUGGUGCGUGGAGUAGGCACGGGCCGAACCGGGCUGACGACUCGCACACCUGGCUUGGUGCGUGGAGUAGGAACGGGCCGGACCGGGCUGAUGAUGCGCACCCCUGGCUUGGUGCGUGGAGUAGGAACAGGCCGGACCGGGCUGGCGACGCACACCGUAGGCUUGGUGCGUGGAGCAGGGACAGGCCGGACCGGGCUGGCGACGCACACCGUAGGCUUGGUGCGAGGAGCAGGGACAGGCCGGACCGGGCUGGCGACGCACACCGUAGGCUUGGAGCGAGGAGCAGGGACAGGCCGGACCGGGCUGGCGACGCACACCGUAGGCUUGGUGCGAGGAGUAGGAACGGGCCGGACCGGGCUGACGAUGCGCACCCCUGGCUUGGUGCGUGGAGUAGGAACAGGCCGGACCGGGCUGGCGACGCACACCGUAGGCUUGGUGCGUGGAGCAGGGACAGGCCGGACCGGGCUGGCGACGCACACCGUGUGCUUGGAGCGAGGAGCAGGGACAGGCCGGACCGGGCUGGCGACGCACACCGUAGGCUUGGUGCGAGGAGCAGGGACAGGCCGGACCGGGCUGGCGACGCACACCGUAGGCUUGGAGCGAGGAGCAGGGACAGGCCGGACCGGGCUGGCGACGCACACCGUAGGCUUGGUGCGCGGAGCAGGGACAGGCCGGGCCGGGCUGUGGAGACGGAUAGGAGACCUGGAGUGAAGAGCUGCCACAACCCGUCCUGGCUGAAUGCCUACCUUCACACACUCUGUGUGAGGCAUCAGCACAGGACGUACAGGGCUGUGUACCCGUACUGGCAUAACAGCACGUGACACUGGCGCAGGAUAUCCGGGACCGAGGAGAGGCACUGGAGGCCACGAGCGCUGAGCCGGCACACUCCGUCCUGGCUGCAUGCCCACCUUCGCACAACACGUGCGGGGUGCUCGCACAGGACGUACCGGACUAUGCCGGACCACUCGUGGCACAGUACGCAGCUCCGCAUACCCCGGAACCUGACCAGUCUCAUGCUGCCAUGCCUGAGUACGGGGAGUUGGCUCUGCUCUCCAUCCAGGCUCCGCCAACCUGCCUUCUGGCCCCCCAAACCCGGUGGCCUCCUCUCCAAAUCGCCCUGUGGCAGCCUCCUGCUGCCCAGCCGCCCAUGCCGUGUGUCCCCCCCUAAAAAUGUUUUGGGGUUGCCUCUCGUCCGUCCGACGAUGACACUGCUGACGCCGCUGCUCCUCUCUCGCCAGGGCCUUAAUCCUAGCCCAUGGUCCUUUUCCCCCGAGCAUGUCCUCCCAGGACCAAACUUUGCCCACCUGGGCCAUCGCCAACCUCUCCAUCUCCUUUCCCGGCGCUUACUCCCAUGUCCAGUCUGCCUGCUCCUGGACACGCUGCUUGGUCCUUGUAUGGUGGGUUCUUCUGUCACGAUCGUCGUUAAGAGAGGAGGACCAAGGCGCAGCGUGAUGAACGAACAUGUUUAUUUAUCAUUAGCGAUAAACACGGACAGUAAACAAAAACAACAAACGACUCGUAACGUCCUAGGUAACAUAGACCAACACGGAACAAGAACCCAUAAACACAAAGGGAAAAACAGACAGUUUAAAUAUGGCUCCCAAUCAGAGACAACCAGCCAAAGCUGACACUCGUUGCCUCUGAUUGGGAGUCACUCAGGCCAACAUAGAAAUAAACAAACUAAAACUCCCAACAUAGAAAUACACCACAUAGAAAGAACACACCCUGGCUCAACAUAUAGAGUCCCAGAGCCAGGGUGUUACAGUCAUGUUUUAUGGGAUAGAGUCAUACACAUUUUGUUGAUAGCUAGCUAACAUUAACUAUCAUAUUUUAGCGCAUUUUAAGUGAUAGGUAGCUAGCUAACUAAUUGUUUGCCUAAACUUAAAUUUUUAGGUGAAUAUGUUGCUGUCUUUUAAUACCAUGUUAAUAUGCUAGUGUCACCGUUCAGUAGCAUGUUAGCUAGCACAACAGCUAAAGUAGAUAGCUACAAUAUCAGUUGAUUUCACAUCAAAGCAAAACAUAACUUUUGCAGAUGAAUACCCUUCCCCUACCCCUAGUGUUGGAAGAGGCUGUAUUAGGAGGAGGAUGCAUCAACACCCUAGAAAUAUGUUUGUGUUGCACUCACUCAUUACAUUUUGAGUCUUAAAGAUUGAUAAGGUAAAUGCAUGUAUUAUUCUCAUAAACAUACAAAUACAUGACUACUGCCACCCCUAUUCAUUUAGAUCUUUCCUCACUACCUUGCCUUUGUUCAACCAUUUGACCUGGCUUAUCAACCCUUCCCUCAAAGUAUUUCAUUUAGAAAUGUGGGUGAAACUAUUCAUUAAAAUCUCUCCCCCUAGCGGUUAAGCCUAGCGGUUAAGAGCGUUGCCAGUAACUGAUAGGUCGCUGGUUCAAAUCCCUGAGCCAGCAAGGUGGAAAAAUCUGCUGUUUUGCCCUUUAGCAAGGCAGUUAAACCCCAACAACUACUGCUCCCCUGGUGCCAAAUACCUGGAUGUCGAUUUAAGGCAGCCCCCCGCACCUCUAAUUCAGAGGGGUUGGGUUAAAUGCGGAAGACACGUUUCAGUUUAAUGCAUUCAGUUGUGCAACUGAUUUGGUAACCCCUUUCCCUUUUACCCUCUCUUUUGCAGUGGAAGAAAUGGACCAGGAAAUGGUCUUGUUUUUGGACGACUCGACUAUAGCCUGAAGUUAAAGAACAUAAAAUCCUUACACACAGUGAAUAUUCUGUAAACACCACCUUUUUUAUACACGAGGGGAGGUCCUCGGGACACACACAUGAAUAAAUAGGACUGUGGACACAUCAAGCGACACACCAAGAUUGAGCAGUAGCCGGGUCUUGCCAGGAACAUGUUGAAAGAUUUCUUGUCUAUUUUGAAAACUGAUUGUUAAAAGGAAUUUAUAAAUCAAUGAAUAUUUUGUGCUCACAACAGUCAAAUGUGAGAGGGCAGCCCUGAUGACCAAAUGGCUGAAAAACAUCUGGCCGGCAAACCAGGCUGCAGAGUACACGAAGGAGACUGCGAUCCAGAGGGCUCAGUUGACCAGACAGAAUGGGGCCAAGACAGUCGAGAUAGUCCGAGAGUAUCCGCGUCUGCUGGAUACUCCAGGUAUUGUGGGUUAA